UUAUUUUCUACAAGGUUUAAGCCUUGAUAAGGGAUAAGAUCCAGGUGUUCAGUAUUUUUGAGUUAAAAUCAUUCCAUUCUCCUGUCUCGUUCCCUUGCUGGAGCCUGCCAGGUCAGAUGGCUUCAUUAACUUCGUUAACUUCUUCCCCCUAUCCCUUAGAAGCUGCUCUCACAAAAUGAAGUCCUCCCAGAAGUUUCAAAUCGAAUUUUGUCUUUCCACUGCACUCAUGCAUCCACUCAUGAUCACUUGAUCCAAGCUAAUUUUCUGUGGCUAGCUAUUACAUGUCUUCCACCUCAGACACAAAGUCUGAAAUCACAUCCCUCCCGGGCAGUUCAGAGCUGACUUUAUGAAGAAGUUUAUGGGCUACAACCCCCCAGGGAUAGUUGGGCUUUACCAUUAUUAACAACCUUUGAUCUCCACUUGACAUCAAGAAAGCCAAAGUCUCCUGUAAAAAAUACUAAUCUUUUUCUCUAGUAACAUGGAGAUCUCAAAUCCUACCUAAGCUUGAAUCCAGAGGUUCUAAUAGGAUUCCAAGAGUCUUUUUAUUCCCUGUGUCAGCAGAGUGCUUGGAGGGUCAUAGUACUGCUAAUGAAGGACCUUGAGGUCUCAGGGAGGAGGAGGUUAGAGAGGAAUGCCAAGCACCUUUUCCCAUGUAUAUGUUCUUGCACACACAUGCAUGGGUUUGUAAUUUGAAACUCUCUUUACUUCUGGACAGGCUUUGCAAACUGCUUAGACCACAUUCUCUGAGGUGUUUAAAGAGGGUGGAGUAUGCAGUAUUUAUUUAGGUACUCUACAAACCUUAAUAAGAAUUGAGUGCUUGUAGCAAUUGCAGAGAGCAAACAGAGAGCCAGCUGGCAGAAACUGAACAGUGCCACUGCAUUUUUAUUGCUUCUAACCCCAAAAACCAGAUUAUUACUUUUAAAAAAAAUGUCUUUUUUAAUUUCAUUUCUCUCUGAUCCUGCAUUAGUUUGUCUGCUGUGUGCAGCAGUAUUAUUAGCUGUAGCCUAUUUUUCAACUGGCUAUAAAAAUUCAGCUUUUAAAUUACCUCCUGGUCCAACUCCUCUUCCGAUCAUUGGUAACCUGCACUUGGUGGAUCUUAGAAGGCAAGAUAAAUCACUAAUGAAGCUUGCAGAAAAAUACGGCCCCAUCUUCACCCUGCACUUUGGGUUCCAGAAAGUUGUGGUCCUGACCGGGUACGAAGUUGUGCGAGAGGCGCUUGUGAACUACACAGAGGAGUUUGUAGACAGACCAUCCAUCCCAAUAUUUGACCAAAUUCAGAACAGAAAUGGUCUGUUCUUCUCCAUCGGGGAGCUGUGGAGGACAACGCGCAGGUUCACCGUGUCCAGCAUGCGCAACCUCGGCAUGGGCAAACAGAUGAUCGAAGGCAGGAUCUUCGAGGAGCUCCACUUCCUCAUCGAGAUGAUCAAAUCCUUCAAAGGGGAACCUUUCAUCCUGCCCUCCUUCAACUGCGCUCCCAUCAACGUCACCUUCGUCAUGCUCUUUGGGGACAGGUUUGACUACAAGGACCCAACGUUUCUCACUCUCUUAAGGCUCAUAGAUGAAAUUAUGAUUCUUCUGGGAUCCCCAAAUUUAAACUAUUUCAAUUUCUACCCGUUCCUCGGAUUUCUUUUCAAAACCCACAAGAUUAUGCUCAAGAAAAUCGAAGAUGUGCGUGCCAUUUUAAGGCAAUACAUGAAGGCAAGCAGGGAGGAUAUCAAUGAGAACAGUGUGAGGAGCUACAUCGAUGCACUGAUAUUCAAACAACAAGAGGAGAAGAACAAGAAAGACAGCCUCUUCCAUGAUGACAACUUAAUGGCAUCUAUACUUGACCUGGUCAUGGCUGGGACAGAGACCAUUGCCACCACGCUCCAGUGGUCCAUCCUGCUCAUGAUGAAAUACCCAGAGAUUCAAAAAAAGGUGCAGGAGGAGAUUGGGAGAACAGUCAAAGCUGGGAGCUGGGCCACGUAUGAGGACAGGAAGAACAUGCCCUACACCAACGCGGUGCUGCACGAGGUGCAGAGGUUCAUCACCCUCCUGCCACACGUGCCCCGCUGCACUGCCGUUGACACCCACUUCAGGGGCUACUUCCUUCCCAAGGGUAUAAUUGUAAUCCCAUCCCUUACCUCAGUGCUGCUGGAUAAGACACAGUGGGAGACACCACAUCAGUUCAACCCCAACCACUUUCUCGAUGCUGAAGGGAAUUUUGUAAAGAAGGGAGCUUUCCUGCCUUUCUCCACAGGGCGACGGAACUGCAUCGGGGAAAGCCUGGCCAAGAUGGAGCUGUUUGUCUUCUUUGUAGGGCUGCUCCAAACAUUCACCUUCCGACCCCAGCCAGGAGUUUCAGAGUCUGACUUGGACCUCACCGUCCCCCAGACGACUUUCACAUUGAGGCCUCAGCCUCAGGCAACCUGUGCCGUCCUGCGGGAAUAACCACGGCCUUGUCCCACAGUUUUGGGGUCCAACACCCCAACUUUGCUCACAGUCCCAUCCCCCCACCCUGCCACACCACCACAUCCCCUUCCCACUGCCUCCAUCCCCCCCUCCACUGCUCCAUCCUCCCUCUUUGCUCCUGUGCUGGGGGGGACAUGCAAACACAAACCAUGGUGCUGGCAUCACACCCCACUGCUCAAGACAUGCACAGAGCUGGUGAAGGGACCAAGCUGCUGCUCUGGUGGAGGGGAUGCAGCCCAUGAGCAGCAGGGGAACACCCAUGCUCCCAGGGCUCACCAUGUCACAGAAAUCUGCCCGGAAUCCUGAGGAAGAACAACCCAUGGUUUGCUGGAAGCCACAGAGAGACACGGUGGGUCACAGGCUUGAGCCAUCCAUGGGCACCUCCUGGGCUUUUCCACAGCUCACAGCAAAAUCCUACCAGGAUUUCACCCACCAGGCAGCCAAGCCAAACACUGAGAGUGAAAAAAGUGAUGGGUCCAUGUGAUUUGAGGACUAAGUCAUUGGAAAAGUGUCCUGGAAGAUGCCCCAGAGGCUGCAAACCUGUUCAGAGAAGCAAGUGCUGCAACCAAGCUCAACACCGCUCCCCAGACGGAACAAAACAGGAGCUGCAUUCCUAAGUUUGCAAUUUAAAUCAUGAGGCCACAUGAGAUUUGCACCAGCAUCCGGUCAUAAAGGGCAAAUUACACAAAAAUAAACUACACCCACUGCUAGUUUUA